AUGUUGGACGCUGCGCUGUUGCUUCAUGAUGUGUCAACCGAGGAGAAAUGGUGCGUGAUCAGUGAUGCCGUUAAUGCUAUAUUCAAAAAAUCGUUAUCGAAAUACUCCUUUCAACAGGUUCACCAUUCAGUUUUUCAGAUGUGCCAAACUCAGCGGAGUGGUACUCUUUUUGAUCUUCUCCACCAUGCACUUUCAAAAGAGGUCACAAUUAUACGUGAGCAAUUGCUCACGUCGACUGACUCCGCUCUUCUUCAAGAUCUUGAAACUCAGUGGGAAGAUUUUAGCGCUGCGCUUCGUCGCAUCAGUGAUGCACUGUUUUACCUCGAUAAAAAUUAUACAAACAACCAGAAAACAAUUUCACAGAUGGGAGAGAGUCUUUUUUACGCAGGAGUGCUGAAAAAUGAAGUUAUCUCCAACACUUUCGUCAGCAGUGUUCGCCAAAGCCUGGAGUUUGGCUUUGCAUCUCAGAAGUCCUUGAAGUGUUUGACUAGCAAACUUCGUGAGUUAUACAGGGACACAAUCUUUGAACCCCUUGUGGAGCGGCCCCUCCUUGAAGUUUUGACGGCGAAGUAUAAGGGGGAAAUGGAACUGAAGCUAGACUCCUUAGAUGUUGACGGCUAUCUUACCUGGGCUCUGACUACGGUUGGUCAGGUACAGUCUGAUGUCUCUAAGCUUGUUGGUGACAGUAUGGAUCAGGCAGUCAGGCAGCACAUGAGAGGGUUGCUUAUCAAAGAAAAUACGCAAAAGCUCCUCUACAGCUGUUCGGGUGGCGGCUCAACUAUGGUCAGGAAAAUGAACUCAGCAUCUUUGGGAAGGCUGGCUGAUGCUCUCGUAACGGUUGGUGAAACCGAUGCCCUUUUGGAGAUGUUGAUUUCAACUACGAAGGCAGUGGGUUGUGAACUGCUGAGUGAAGUUGAGAAUGAAGACCCUGUGGCAGCCGUGGGGAAAGUGUUAACUCUGAGAAACAAUCUCCAACAACUCGUGGAGAAGCUUCCUGGUGCAUUAAGAGGUGACAAACCGCCAAUAGUACGGGCCCUUGCAGAAAUUGUGAAUGAAUGCCCUGAUUUUUCAACGAAACUGGCGUAUUAUUACGAUGUCAAAGCCAGAUCAAGGGGUACACACGAUUCGAUGGAUCAAGUGGCUGCUGAUACCUUCAGUCUUUAUCGACUUCUCAGAUCAAAGGAAUCAUUUGAGCAAACCUUUAAGCUGCUUCUGGCGGCAAGGCUCAUCAACUGUAAGCCAAACGAUUCACUUGUACAUGAAAUUAUCUUCGUUGAGCAUCUUCGGAGUGAAUGUGGAGACUCUGUCGCUAACCAUCUUGACGUCAUGAUUAAGGACGGUAGGAUGCGGACUGAAAUAAACAGAGGUUUCCUCAGUUCUCUUUCUCCAGACGUCCAGUUACCGUUGAGUUUUGAUGUCACGGUUAUCACCGCAGGUGUGUGGCCAAUCUAUCCCGGCUUCGAGAUUAACCUUCCCGAAUGCAUGCAGCAGUGUGUGAGUUUGUUUCAGGCGUAUUAUAUUCCUCAUCACAAUGGCAGGGUUCUUAGUUUCCACACCGGUUGUGGGACGAUAUGCUUUACACUUAACCACAAGGAAGUGUAUGAGCUCGCAGCACCAACGUCUUUCGUGAACACUAUACUUUGCUUUCAGAGCUGUGGCGGUAUCGACGAACCACUGACAGUAAAAGACAUUUGCAACAAGACGAAAAUGAUUGAGACGGAUGUGUUGCCUCAGCUGGAGGCUCUUGUAAACACUGGUUUGAUUAGUAAUGUUCCCUCCGGUGGGCUGUCACGAUUCAUAUUCAAUAAGCAUUUUGCGCACCACAGGACAAAGCUUCGGAUAGGAAAUGUAGGUGGAAACAGAACAGUGAAAGCUAGUGCGGAGGUGCGGGUUACUCAGGUGGCGUCAGAGACUACUCAUGCAGAGAGUAUCCAAGCAGUGUUGAUGCAAAUAGUGAAACGUAACAAAACUCUUUCUCACGGUGAAAUGUUUACCCAAGUGGCUGAGGCUCUAAAGGGAAGCAGGAUCACGCCGGUGAUGGCCCAUAUCAAACAAAAUUUGGAGAUACUUAUCAACAAAGGAUUGAUAUCUCGGGGGAGCAGACCCGACAUCUACGUCUACGAAGCUUGA